AUGGAGGCUGCCAGUGCAGCCGAUGAACCGGAUGCGCCCCCGGAUGGCCGGCGUCGUGCUUUCACCAGGCCCAUGUCCGCCCACGGUACCGGCUCACCGCCGUUUGUCCGUGUCUCCGCUGGAGCUUCUGGAGCUUCUGGAGCUGCUGCUGCGACUCCUCUUCUUCCUACUGUUUCUAAGAGGAGGGCCUCUACCAUGUCGGGUCUUGCUGCAGAGGCCGCUGCAGUCGCUGCUGCUCACGGCACCUUUCCGGCCUCUGGACACCACAUCGAUCCUAGCCAGGCCCAGACUGCCGGUGGAGAAGUCGUCGAAACGCUGUAUUCCCACCCUUCCGCAAAAAUCAUCUCUUUCUCCGCGGGUGCCCGCAACUUUGUCGAGAUUGGCAGCGCCCACAGUCGCAGCCGUAACAGUCGCCGGAGCAUCAGCUCCAUCGAGGACGACAUAGAGCCCGGCACCCUGCCAUGGAACUCGCAGUUCGAGCGUACCAUCGCCGUCAACGCUCUCUCCAUCUACCGCGCACCCGGCUCGGUCGCCUUCCUGAGCUGUGGAAGCGCACUCCAGCCUAUCCUGCCCAAGAGCCAGUGCUGGUGCAUUGACGAGGAAUCGAGCAAGUUCAUCCUACAAAUCCGACGGCCACAGUACUGGCGCAUCGAAAUACCCGUUGGCGACAGUGGCGAGAACGACGAGCGGGCCCGUCGCUUUCGCGAGGUCUUGGAACAAGUGCUUCAGUUCGAGAAGACGCCGUGUCCGUUCAAGCGCGCCUUCACCGUCGAGCUCCCUGAGCGGCCAUCGACACCGCUGAAGAAGCGGCCAUGGACGCCGGUGAGACGAGCUGAGAGCGACGUCUCCUACACGCCCCCGACGUCUUCCAGCCUGGCAUCACUCUCAAAGCCCCGCCAGCAGCCGCGGCGGAGGUCGUUGUCGCCGGUGCCCCGACGCAAAUCCCCAUCCGUCUCGCCGCCAUCACAGUUUGCAACUCCCGUCAGGCCAUCACAGCCGCUGGAGUUUACGCAACGCGAAUGGGCAGCAAUGCUGCAGGAACAGACCAAGGCUGCCGAGGAGUUUGACGAGGACGGCCGGCGACUCGUGCCAGCCUUGGUGGCAGAACACGAGCGCAUCAUCAUGGAGGUGAAGGCGAGUGAAAUCGAGGUGAACAAGAUGGGCACGCCCUGGAAGAACAACGGGGGGACUUGCACCCCGUCACCUGCUGAUCGGCGAGGUGGUGGUGGUGGUGGGUCGAGGGACAGGGCUCUGUCGUUGGCUAGCGACAUCUCUGUCAUGAGGCAGGGUGGCUGGUCGAGUGCUGACCGGAAGUGGUCCGAGGUUCUGGACUCGGACCUAUCCACAAACGAUUCCGGCAGUCCAUUUAACAGCGUCCGCUCUUGGCUCUCGCCGGGCAGAACCCUGCCGCCGUCGUCGCCGCCGUCGUCGGCCGGCUCAUUAGCUGCCUUUCCGACAGGCCCAGAAAAUGCGCUACCAGGCCUCGCAUCUUUAUUUCAGGACACUCGGAAGGUUAUCGACAGCACUGGUGACAGCACUGGUGCUACAAAGCCGUUGGAGGGAGAAGAAAUACAGAAAGGGCUGCUGCAGCUACAAGAACAACAAGCCGGUGAGCAGCAGCAGCAAGAACCGCAGCCACAACCACAACAAUCGCGUAUCCGUCACCGGGCGACGACGUCCAGCAUAUCGGUCACAACGUCGAGCAUAUCGGUCACAACGUCGAGCAUAUCGGUGUCGAGACUAUCGUCUCUCCCUCCCGCUGUCAACAUACUUACGCCGGCUCGACACCUGCGGGGUGUCACCAGCUCCGGACGGGCCUCCACGCGGCUCGAAGCCAUGCGUCGCAUUCCAGGCUCCAUCAUGUACAGGGUCAUGGAAAUCCUGCUGGCACCGCCGAGCUACCUGAUCACGCUGAUGCUCAGGGUUGCUGCGCGCAUCAUCUCGGGCGAAUGGCGCGGGUCCGCCGUUGGCACCACGGACGCUGGCGAGAGCAUUCCCGUGCAGUGGGACUACACUGAUGUCGACGACCCACUCGGGCACAAGUCGGGGCUGCGCUGGCGCAGAGCCUUCAACAACCUCAGCGUCUACUCUGAGGCCGAUGUGGAGGACGUCACUGAGGGCGAGAGAAACGGAGACGACGGCAAUGGCAAGCUUUCUCCCUCGUCCACCCCCAAGGGGAAGUCCACGACUGUCGAUGAUGAGACGCUGUCCGAUGUCGGGGAAGAUCGCCUUGUCUGGACUCGGCGCUGGGCUGUUGAUUAA